UUCUACGAACAAAUAGAACCAUCUUUCGACAGGGAAACGUAAACAACAACACAGAAGAGCGUCAGGUUAAAGAUCCUUUCAUCAGUCUAAAACUCAAUAAAAGAAGAGAGGAAGAAAGCCUUUUGAUAUAUAAUAAAUCCCAAAGAAAUAGAGAGCAAUGGGAGACCGCUACAAUAUUCAUUCACAGCUAGAGCAUUUGCAGUCAAAGUAUAUUGGAACAGGUCAUGCAGACACAGCACAGUUUGAAUGGUGUGUCAACCAGCAACGUGACACAUAUGCCUCAUAUAUGGGCCACUUUGACAUGCUUAAUAUGAUUGCAAUUGGAGAAAAUGAGACCAAGGCUAGAGUGAGAUUUAAUAUGAUGGAAAAGAUGGUUCAGCCAUGUGGACCACCACCAGAGAAGAAUGAAGAUUAGUUACCUUUAGUUUAGAGAUGAGAUUGAAUGUUCAAGUAUGAAAUAUAAGAAAAAAUAAAAGAUUU